CAGAACUUUUCAAGUGGAAUUUAAAAAAAAAAUGUAUUUUUAUACAUUCUUUUUGAUAACUUUUUAUUCAUCUUUAAUGGAACUUCAAUCCAUUGAAUUAUAUGAUUCAAUCGACCAUCUAAUCGACUAUGUCAAAAGCCAUGAUGAAUCACAGCAACCAGACUUGCUGUUGGGUAUUUUUUUGUGUGAAGUUCAACUGGAGACAUGUUGGAAUGAAACGGGUACCUAUAGCAGCAAACUACCAAAAGUAUUAGAAAAUGUGAAAUACAUACGUGAGCAGUAUGAUAAUAGACUGGUAGACCGUUCAAUAUGGGGAUCGGAUGUGCACAAUUCAAUUGUUGUUCAACAAUUAUUGAACCAUUCAACAUUGAAUUUUUGGGUCACAUCACUUCAAGCGAACAAUGCGUAUCUGUUUUUUGGAAAUUUAACAACUGACUAUCCGCUGUCAAUUACGCACGAAAAUUUCGCUGAAAAUAUUGAUAGAGGUUCUCCUACACCAUCCGAAUCAGAUGAGUGUUUAGCCGAACUAUUGAAUUCAAUCCAGUGUACGAUAAGUGUUCGAUGUCUACAAAUUAUGUCACUAAUCAGGGCAUCGAAUGGAUAUCAUUUGACUCAUAAAUUAUUCUACUUAAUGUUGGUUGCAAAGUAUCGUGAUUGUGACUCUUGUUUACCUGUCAAUGGAAUAUCAAUUGAUUUCAUGAUUUAUACAUUGUGUGCGAUGGUGUGGCACGAACGGAAUCUUAUCAUUGAAAUGGAUAUACCGAAUCAAUUGAAAGAUUUACUCUUGGAGCAAACUCUACUGUGCGGCUUAAAUGGAUACGGAGCAUUCAUUGACGAAAACACUGCGAAAGACAUUGUGCAAUGGCAGAACAUUGAGUCCGGUUGUUUCGAGUACUUUGAUGGUUCUUUAUCAAAUGGGAGUGAUGAUUUAAGCACAAAGAAAAUCGUGAAACGCUUCGCUGCUCCUUUGAAAGAUAAUUGCUCUGAUCAUAUGACGGGUUUGGCAGCAGCAGCUUUUGGCCUUUUUGCUACAAUUUGUACUACUUUUCAAGUAUAA